CACUCGGGCCUGCUCUCUCGUCCUCCCGUCUUUCUCUCAUCUUCCUCUCCUUGUCUAUUCCCAAUUACACACUCUCCCCACAAGAGCUGGACACGCAUAUCCAGUCUUUGGGACCAUUUUUUUUCUUUCAUGUUUCCUCUUUUAUUCGCCCCAUAUAGUUAAUACUCAUUGGGUUCUUCCACACCACAUCCCAUCCCGCCGUGGCCUUACAGCGAACCCCCGUUCCCCCUGUUCGCUCUGUUCGUCCUAUCAGCCAGCCACGAAGCGAUAGGCUCCUCCUAGACCAACCUUACCUCCAUAUCUCCCCCACCAGACUCUAGACGGGCUGUGAAUAUUGUCUGACCGCCCAGUGUCGGGUACGACGACCCCGAGUGGAGGUUUCCUUAGGAACCUGGAGCAAGAUGUUUUCGGAAUAUGCGUCAAAGUUUCUUGCGCAGUCGCAAAGCAGAAUCUCGAACUUGGACCAAGCCGAUAACGCCGACAGUCCAUUUCGACCAGCACCCGACCGAGCAUCACGCCCCUCGCGAAAUCCCGCCGCCCGAUCGUUCUUGUCCCGGGCUUAUGCGGGAAAUCCCUAUCAAACGUAUCAGACAGGAGGCUCGCGGUUUGGUCAUCUCGGCUUUGCGUCUCGCUUGUCAGCUGCCCGGGAAGACGCCCCGCUGUUCCACAGCGCUCUCAACGAGUAUGGAGAGGACGAUGACGAGGAGGAAAGGGACCGCGAGGCCGCCGAUUUGUUCGCCCUGCAGAGGUCUCGUCGUGUGGCCGCCGCCAGCAAGCUUGCCGAAAGCUCAGAGACUGAGCCGGAUGGGAGCCGCGGUUCCCUAGACCAGAGUGAGGAUGCUGGUCACCAAGGCCAGACGUACAGCCACAUUAGGGGAUCGCGGAGAGGCAUCCGCAGCAGUUGGAACGGCACCAAAAGCACUAGCGGCCGUGGGAAAGGCCAGGGGACCAUCGACGAGGAGGCUGAAGAGGACACCCAUGACUCGGGGGCCCUAGCUAGCCCUCAUGGUUUUGGGGCGGAUCCUAAGAUGGUUGACGUGGGGUUGGACUCCCACAUCGAGUACGACGAUCCGCCGGCGUCUUUGACAGGCGACGCCGACGCCGAUGCCGAUGAGAGUCCCCCGGCGUUCCAGAAGUUCGCCGGAGGGGCGGAACGUGAUAGUUUCCUCUUACGGCGGGAACCACCUCAAAGAUCAAUGUACGAUGAGGCACGGCGUGGCAGCUCCGAUGACGACGAUGCUCUUCCGGCCACAGUGCCGCUCGCCGAAGGGGACAUCUUCAAGUACGACCCGUUCUUCGCCUGGCUUUUCCUCAUCCUCCUUGCCGCUCUUCUGUCGACCUUCGUGUUGGUUUGGCUGCAUACUUCCACGAGGAAAGGGAUGGGCGAUACGAUAUACACGACCCUGCGGGCCUCUUUCCACAUGCUUGCCGUCGACACCGUCGUAUCUGUCAUGGUGGCACUUCUCUGGCUUGCGGCCCUGCGCUCCUUCGCUCGGCCAUUGACCGGACUUAUCGUCAUCGCCGUGCCGGUUAUCAUGGCGAGCUUCUCCAUCUACGCCUUCGUCUCAAGUUUCAAAGGGACAACCAAAGGCGCGAGUUUUCAGGAUCGGGCGUUGCGGUGGGCAUCCGUCGUCCCUGCCGCCGCUUGUGUCGUCUGGGUCUUCCUCGUCGUCAGAGCGCGUCAUAGCAUCCGCCAGGCCGUCGAGAUUCUCGAGUUUUCCAGCCGCAUCCUCGCUGCCAACUCAGCCUUGGUGGUCCUCGGCUUCGGCUGUCUAGUCCUCAUUGUGGCCUGGACCUGGAUGUGGAUGGGCAUGUUCACGCGCAUCUUCCUGGGCGGGUACUUCUCCAAGUCCAUGGCCAAGUUCGUGAUCAGCGUCUCUAGCUGGUGGUUGGGCGUCUGGUUCGUCCUCAUGUAUAUGUGGUCCGUGGGCGUCAUCAACUCGGUGCAGCGCGCAACCACGGCGGCCACCGUCUCUCAGUGGUAUUUUCAUCGCAUGGCUGCCCCAGCGCCUUCGUCCAACGAGAUCGUGUCGGCCGCCUUCAGCCAUGCGGUGACGACCGUAUUCGGCAGCAUCUGCCAGCAGACGUUCCUGGCCCUCCUGGUCCGGACGCCGCUCCUCGUGCUACCGAGAAGCCUUGCCGGCAUACUUGAAGCAAUCAGCUCCCGCAUCGUACCGACGCCCAUAUCUGCGCUUACGAACCCCCUGACCAUAACCUACGGCGCCAUACAUUCCCAGAACCUCAACACGGCGGCUCGCGGCCUCAGCAGGUUAGAUUUCCUCUCCCCCGGACGACCCACGACUACCUUGACACCACACGUUUUCCUGUCGUCCCUACGGGGCUCGCGGUCGCCUACACUACCAUACCGGUUGUCCAAGAUGCUUCUUUACGCGACACGAUUCAUUAUGGCCACGGCGCUGGGUUUCGCGGGCUGGGUCAUGACGGCGAAACAGCUGCGGAUCGCCGCGUCGGACGGCAUGGGCCUCAGGGGCUCGGCGUACGCUUACGUUGUGGGCAUAGUGGCCAGCUUCAUCGGGUUCUCGAUUAUGGGUGCCAUGGAGAACAUUUUGAGCGGCAUCGUGGACGCCGCGAUUAUUUGCUAUGGUAGUGAGAAGUUGAUGAGAACCGGGACGGGAGGCUACUGCAUGGAAGCAGCCUAUCUCUUCGGCGAGAGAAGGCGAGACGAAGGACGAGGUCUGCCUUGAUACUCCUUGGACUCUCCGGACGCCCCCCCUUUUUUCCUUUCUUCUUUUUUUCCCUUUUUCUCUUCUUGGGACACAUGGGAUGCGCUUUGGUUUCUUGACAGGUAUUGAUUUGUCAACUAGCGAUUUUCUGUUGCGGUAUUCCGGAUGGAAACUCAUCAUCAGCCUGGCGAUUCACGGGUAAUGGGCGGCGUUUUAUCUCGGUAGACUGAACCUGAACACAACAUACAUAUCAGACACGCACUUGCUACAGCUGUGUGCAGGGGAGUUUGUGCACACGCAGAAUAUUGAAUAUCGGGGC